CUAGUUUGCGCAGCCUUCGUCAUGCUCUGCAGCAGCACCUGCAGCAGUUCCCUGCAGUUCACAUACUCCAGCUUCGACGCGGCCAGCAAGGCCGACUUCAGCUUCACCCCGGACUCGUCGAUCUCCAACGGCUCCCUGCAGAUCACCCCCAACGCCGGCAACAUGACCCACCGGUCAGGCAGAGUGAUCUACGCGAGGGAGACCCUCAAGCUGUGGAACCGCCAGCGCACGGCGCUCACCUCCUUCCAGACAGACUUCGUGCUCAACAUCCUGCCGCAGAAGGGCGGGGCCGGCGAAGGCAUGGCCUUCAUCCUCACCAACCACCCAGAGCUGCCCAGCGACAGCAGCGGGCAGUGGCUCGGAGUGAGCAAUAACCGGACGGACGGUGCGGCGUCGAACCGGAUCGUGGCGCUGGAGUUCGACACCCGGCGGAGCUCCGAGGCCGACGUCGACGGCAACCACAUCGGGAUCGACUACAACGGCGUCCGCUCCAUCGCGCAGUACCCGCUCAACAACCUCUCCAUCGUCCUCUCCAGCGGGAUCGACUUGCGGGUUACUGUAGUGUACGACGGCGCGGUGUUGAGCUUGUUGGCGGUGAUGGACCAGAUGGUUUUUUCGGGUGCCUGGACUGUCGACCUUUCGCGGUAUCUGCUUGACGAUAUAUCUCUGGGUUUUGCGGCGUCGACGGGAGAGUUCGCUGAACUGAACCAGGUCAGGUCUUGGAAUUUCAGCACGUCCGGGGAUGAGAUCGCCGGCGACGGCGAUAAAGGGAGGCUGGUUCUGUUUCUCGCCGUGUUCAUCCCGCUUGUCGUCGCCCUGCUGAUCAUGGCGCUGCUCCUGUGGAGGAGGCUGACGCGGCGGACGAGGCUGGCAUACCGUAACCUCGAGAAGAUGAUCGACGCGCACGGCCCGGUCAGGUUUAAGCUCAGGGAGCUCAGGAACGCGACGGCCAACUUCAGCGAUGGUCGUAAGCUGGGCCGAGGUGGCUCCGGCACUGUUUACCUUGGGUACCUGAGGAGGAUGGGCAUGGAGGUGGCCGUGAAGCGUGUGUCCACGAACGUCAACUCUAAUAGAGGCGAGAAGGAGUUCGUGGCGGAGGUGAACACGAUCAGCAAGCUCUCGCACCGGAACCUCGUGAAGCUCAUCGGUUGGUGCCACAAGAAGGGCGAGCUGCUGUUGGUGUACGAGUACUUCCCCAUGGGCAGCCUUGACAAGCUCCUCUACGCCAGAGAAAGGACCGCGUCAUCGUCCACGUCGUUGAUGUCGGCGUCGACGGACACCCCUGUGCUCACCUGGGAGCGGCGGUACAAGAUCAUCCGCGGCGUGGCGUCGGCGCUGGACUAUCUGCACCACGGGAGCAGCAAGCGGAUCCUGCACAGGGACGUCAAGGCCAGCAACGUGAUGCUCGACGAGGAGUACAACGCGCGGCUGGGAGACUUCGGCCUCGCCCGCGUCAUCCAGCACGACGGCGUGACGCACCACUCCACGCAGGCCGUGGCGGGGACGCGCGGCUACAUGGCGUACGAGAGCUUCUUCACCGGCCGCGCCAGCCUCGACACGGACGUGUACGCGUUCGGGGUGUUCGUCAUGGAGGUGGUCAGCGGGAGGAGCCCCAGCAACGCCGUGCUGUACCACGAAGACGACGACAAGGAGUACUCGAGCGGCGGGCAAUGGUGGCAAGGUGUGCCACCGAUGCACAUCGCGGACUGGGCGUGGAUGCUCUACGGCGAGGGGAAGGCGCUGCACGCCGCCGACCCCUUGCUCGGCGGCGAGUUCGAGCAGGCGCAGGUGGACUGCGCGGUGAGGCUGGCCCUGGCGUGCUGCCACCCGAACCCGAGGGAGAGGCCGUCCAUGAGGGUGGCUGUGCAGGUGCUGAUCGACGGCGCCGCGGCGCCGGAGCCCCCGUUGCAUAAGCCUGCCUUCGUUUGGCCUCCGGGUGGGAAUCGGCAGGAGAUGGAGCUGCCGGAUGUGGGGUUGCUGUUCACGGGAGGGGCGGGGCAGCACAGUAGCUACUGUUCCAUGAGCUGUUCCAUCUCCGGAAGGUGAGAGCAGCUUGCUUGGGUUGGGGUACCUCGCUUGUUCUGUCUGCUGUUGAUUCACUAGAGUUGAACUUGGAGACGACUACGACUCUACGAGAGUGCAGGAUCGAUGUGUUUCCUUCGGUUGUUUUAUCGGACAGAAUCGAAUUGUACAUUAAGUGAU